CGUCGAGAACGUUGGGAUGAGAGCAGCUUCACAUUGGUUUUGUCUAUGUCAGUUGUUUUGGACUGUUUUUAGCUGUUCGCUUGCCAUUUUGGAGAAUUCUCAGCUAAAAUAUGUACUCAGGCCCCAUUAUGGUUAAGAUAACCGUGGGGCACUGGAAAGAGAAAAAUGAGAGCAGCAAUAUGUCUCGAGUGGAAAUUUGUUCUCUCGCUUACGAGGGAAAAUUUAAAGAACUGAAGGAGAAAAUAGAUUUGAAACCAAGUUUAGCAACCAAACUAGACGAGGUAAGACUUUGGUGAAAAUUGGGCUAGUUUGUUUGGAUGUGAGGAUGAAAUUCACGUGUUAUUUACGCCGGGGAAUAAGCAAUAUAACAUGUAUACCAUAAAUCAUCUAAUAGAAGCCCUAUCAAAUAAAUGCCUCUUGUCUAAUAAACACCCCUCUGCACUUGUAAGUUUGUAAAAAUUUACAUGCCCCUCUCUAAUACACACCAUAACCUGUCUAAUAGAUGCUUUGCAUGACAGUUGCUCCGAAAAUACUAGGAAAAAGUGAAAUGGAUUCAUUCACUUUCUUGUUUGAAUAACACAAGUUGUGUAUUGCAUCUUGUUCAAUGGGAAGUUCAAAAUAAGGAUUCUGCCCUUAAAGCUGAGCUUGAAGAUAUGAUGUGGAUCUAUGAAUGGAAGAGACAUGUCAGUGGAUGACAGUUUAAUUUUGUGUACUUUGUUACAGUUCUGAGAAUAAACACCUCUCUCUCCAGUCUGUGUAACACCCCCACUUGAGCUCCCAAAAUUUAGAAAACACCCAUUUAUCUUAGUAGCCUUGGGUCAUUUACCGUCUAUAGUUUCAUAUUGCACAGUUUUCUUAACAUCAAAUGGCCCAAGUCUGUUACAUGUAUUUCUAUAGCUAGGAGCAUUAACCUGCAAAACUAACAAUCAGAAUAGGCUGCUAAAUUCCAAAGUAAUAAGGAUGGUUACUGUCUUGAAUUUAUGUUAGGGCAGUCAUCAUAAUGUGUAUUUAAUUUUAGAAUGAACGAAUGCCAAUUCACUGGGCAGCAUCAGGUGGACACACUGAUAUUGUCAGAUUUUUGCUUGAUCUUGGAGUGCCAGUAGAUAACAAAGAUGAUGUAAGUUUUAAGUUUACAGUCAAACCAGGUCAAGCGUUCCCGUCGUUAGCAAACUAAUGAAUUCAUUAAUGGGAAAAUGAUUUUGUUUGUUGAUUCAAUAAUCCAUUCAUAAAAUGAAUAAUCCAACAGUCAAAUUGGACCUCGAUUCAAUAAUUAAAUGUUGAUUUGGUUUAUGAACAAAAUCUACCUGUUCUUUAUUCUUGUCUGUUGAGUUCAAUCGUAUUUGCUUCCCUUUUCCUGCCGUUAACGAUUGCGUUUUUAGUUGCCUUUAAUCAAAAUAACAGCUAGAAGAGACAGACCGCAAACGUAAAGAAACUGACAAAGGCCGGGAUCGAAAUCCACCAAUCACCGCACAUACACUGACCUCAGUUUGACUAUCGUGUUUUCUAAGAGGUCAGGUCCGUUGCACUGAUUACUGGAAGCAAAACGGCGUACAGUUUGUUUGGGUUUGAACUUACUAGACUCUUAGAAAAAAAGAAGAAAAAAAUGUGUAGUUUUUUCAAAAAACAGUAAUCGAAUCAACAUUCAAUUAUGGAAUCGAGGCUAAAUGUGAAUAUUGGAUUGUUCAUGUUAUGAGUGGAUUAUUGAAUCAACGAACGAAAUCAUUUUUCCGUUAAUGAAUUUAUUAGUUCGUUAGCGACAGGAACGCUUCACCUGGUUUGACUGUAAAAGUGUGUUGUGUCAGAAAAAUACAUUUUAACUUAGUGCUUAUUUAUGCACACCCACUUAUUCAUGAAUGCCCAUUUACAAUACUAUUAUUUUUAUUAGAUUUUGAACUACUCCCAAGUAAUCUGGGCACUCAUGAAUGCAGGUAGCCUGAAAUUCAUCCGAUUACUUCGAGUUGUUUUCUCCUCUCAACAAUCGACGGGCCGUUAAUGCCAUCCAGUGGCGUCACUCAGUACCCGAAAACCUGGUAGUGAUUAUUGGUUGAUUGUCUAAACAUUUGCAUAUAUUAUGUAUAAUUAUGAAAAAUUUUAGCGGGAUUGUCGCUUGAUAUUCAGCGGAUCGCAUCCCUGGCAUUCUUUCGUGUAGUUCAAACAUUUCGAUAAGCUUAAUCUUUAUCUUAAACAGCAAAAUUGCCCUUGUCUUCGAAACUGAAAUGCUAAAUUGAACUGCAAAUGAAGAAUCAUUGCGGAGAGUUGGUAGGUUUUUCAUUUAGAGCCGCUUUGUGGUUUCAGUGACCGGUGAUUUUGUUUACGCGAAGUUUUCUGAGAUCAAUGUUGUAAUUCGACCUUCUUGCUAUUUUCACUGUCAAGUGUAAUGAUUCUGUUAGCUUUUCUUUCUUGUUUCCUGGUUUUUUUAUUCUUCAUUAAAUAGCUUCUUUUCAAUUAAAGCAAAUCAUUGUGUUUUUGAACUAAGUGUUUCAAGUGUGUGUUUAUUUCAUUGCGUGAUUGCGACCGAGUUUGAUUAUAGAAUUCAGUACAACUGGUUCAUUGUUGUACUGCACGCAGUUGAUAGGUUGAAUGUUAAACAUGAAUUACGAUUGAAAAAAGUAAAGUAAUUCUGUAUCAUGCAGACAUUUUUAAACAGUAUUUCUUGGUUUGCCACUUGAAAAUCGUGUUUUACUUUUUGCAUGAAUUAUUAAAGCAAAGGUCAAGGAGUAGUGACGUCACUGGACGGCAUUAAACGGCUGGUCAAUUCAGACGUUACUGAGGGAGUAAUUACGACUCGAAGUAAUUGGUUGAAAUUCAGGCUAGAAUGCACCUGGGACUCAGAAUUUCCUUCUUUCUUAAUUCCUUGGCUUGUAGAAUUGUCAGUUAAGAUAUAAACAAUAAUAGCCAGCUAGAUUUCAUAAAAUAAUUUGCUGUCAUUUCAAGUGCUAGUGCCAUCAGCUCUUGAAUCCAAUCAAUCUCACUGCAGGUAUGUAACCUGUGUGUUACCUAACAGUACAAGCUGAUUUGAAAUAACUCCUCGUUUUGUUAUCUCCCCAACCAAUGGAUCAGUUUCAUAAGAACUGAGUGUAUUCUACUGCUGUCUUUAGUCACACUGGACACCACUCAUGAUUGCUACAUCAGCUGGAAGAGAUGCAAUUGUUUCUAUGUUAAUUUGUCAUGGAGCUGAUAUAAACAGCUCAAAUGAAGGUGGACAAACAGCACUACAUUAUGCAGCAUCAAGAAACAGACAUCAAGUAUGAGAAUCUUAUAUCUGGUACAAUUUGUUUUAAGUGUUUAGUUAAGGAUUUGAGGGAAAUGGCUUUUUCUUUUUCUGACCUAGUAAUCAAUAUUGGGCCAGUGUGCUGGUAAUAAUUAUCAUAGUAAUAAUUUAUUGCCAAGCUCAGGGGGAUGAGGUAACAGCUAUGCAACAGCCACUGAGUCUGAGCAUCACGUGGGAAGAGUGAAUGUUGGUACUUGAAUUAUUACCAGAAAAGAUUGACUGGAGCCACAUUUUCAUUUAAUAUAUCUUCAUAGUAUGAAAGUAGGAGAAACGCUUUCAUAGGUUCCCAUCACAAAUAGCUGAUCAGGUCAUGCUACAGAAAUGGUGCUGAUGUGUUAUAGUCUGUGAGUAACACAAAUAUAUUAUAUAACUUCUAACAUGGUAGUUAAAGACACAUUUUUUAAUGUAUAUUUCCCAUUCUUUCAAGAUAAAAACUAUUCAUAAUGAUAACAGGAUCAUCAAUAAAUUUUUCUUCAAUAAUUUAGUAUCAAUUCAUUCAAAAGCUCAUUUUCACCUAAUGCAAUAAAUAACAGCUAGAUUAACUGGUUAUUGUGGAAAUAAUGAGUUCUAAUAAAAUUGAUGUUAGAUUGCAGAAGAGCUUCUUCAAACUGGUGCACAUGUUAAUGUGCAGGACAGAACAAUUGCUGGUACUCCUCUGCAUCGUGCUGCAUCAAGGUACAAUAGACUUAUGUCAUGAUGCUAGUUGAAGAAAGCCUUGGGCAACCUAUCUGCAUGUUGACCACCUUAGUUAAGGAAAUGGGCAUGGCGGAGUUUUUAAAAAUGGGUGGAUUGUAGAGGAAUAUUAAUUAGCCACUGGAGUUCCAUAAACUCUAGCACUUUUUUUUUUAAAUAGGGCUGGCCAAAUACAGUAGCAGAAAAUCAUCAUGCUUUUCUCAAACCUUUUAUGAUAAUAUUUAUUCAAAUAUUUCUGUAAAUGUCUAGCUCACUGUUGGCUGGUUUUUGGUGCUAAAGGUAGUUGUUUUAGCUAAUUUCUCAGAAAUCUCGUAGAGAAAUCCACUUUUUAUAUAAUAACAAAUUAAUUUUAUACAAUGUGUCAAUGAAUCCCAGGUGUGAGAGACUCCCGUGUAAAAGUGACUGGGAUGCUUGUUGUCUUGCUUUGGGGUGUAAAUUGCAGAUUUUGGUCUCAUGUAGGGUGUUUGGGAUGGAAAGUUACUAUAUUUGUCCAUUUAGGUAUUGCUUAGUCCUGUGCAUAAUGAGAUUUACAAAAAAUGCCCUGACCCUGACCACACAGAAAUCUCCUUGGGGGGUCAGUUUAAGCUUGAGUCACACCCACGUUGGUCUCCCUGAGGUAUUUAAUUUGAAUUUUCCGACGAGCAUUCCCGUCACUUUUAAUAUGGGAGUCCCCCCGGCGAUGAAUAAUGGUAAUAGAACUGAAUUUAUUCCAGGGGAGGGGGGGUUAAAGCCAUGAAAUGAUUAGGCAAAACCCAGACUUUAUAAGAGUUCAACUUAGGGCUUCAUAUGACUGGCCAGAUUCCAGAGUUUUGUUAAACACUGAAAAAAAAGUGGACAAAGGCCAAAAAAAAGCGAGUAUUUGCAGGUUUGGUUAAAAAAAUCGUUUAUGGUAAGCCUUUGUCUCUGGUUUGUUUUGAAAGAGGUCAUUCCAAGAUAGUGAAGCUCCUAUUGAAGCAUGGUGCUCGUUGUGAUAUACAGGAUGCAGAGGGCAACACAGCACUGUGAGUAUAAACCCACUUAUAUUAUUUAAGCAUUACAAUACAAUGUAACUUUUAAUACCCUGUGUUUACUUCUUUAGUGUUAUCAGUCUAAUUAUCUACAAUGCUUUUCUCUUCAGUCACAUGGCUUGUCAAGAAGAAAGAGCUGAAAUAGCUGUAAUACUAGUAGAAAAUGGAGCGAACCUACACAUACAAAAUAAGGUAGGUAUCAAACAGAUGUUUAUCUCUAUCUCACUGCCAUAUUUCAGGUCUUUACAGUAAGUUACAGAGCACGCCUUUACUUAGUGAACGGAUUAAGAAGAGGAUAGCGAUGUCUUCAGUAAUUAGGGAGUCAACGUGGUCAGGUGUAGACUAAGUAGUUCACUUGUUUCCUUGGGUUGCAAGAGGGGGACGACUGAAUUUCAGGUCAAAUUGUUGGUUGUGUGAUCAGAGCGCCAGACGUCUGGGCUUAAGUCCCGCGAUUUACUAGCUAUAGAAUUGUUUCCGGGUAGUGCCGAGUUCACUUGCUUGGUCAGGGGUGGAGCUAAGUGUCCAUAUCAGUACAAAGUUGUCAGGGGGUUCAAAUAAUUGGGAUGUUGAUUACGGGUGUUUUGGGGAUUUUUGAAAACGCUGCUAAGAGGGCCACGGAGAAGUACCGAGGUGCUUUAGUUCGUCUUAAUAAUGUUGAUGUCCUUGAAGAGUCUAACAUUCGUAUUGGCCCCCGCCAAUCUGGUACCUUAUGUACCGUUAUCGCAAGUGAAUAACUAAAUCUUGAAAUUUCAAGUUUUGGUUACUCACCUGUAAUUACCUCACCGUGAUAACUAACGACAUAUAACUCACGAUCUUCUUAAACAGGCUUUAUAUUUGUCUUCUUUAGGAAAAAGUGACCCCCUUGGAUCUCGCAAACAAGGGGCUUGCGAGACAGCUUAUUCAAAUGAGAGAUGAGUAUGACUGACUCCACAUGUGAAAAUCGUGGUAGGCAAGUCAGCGUCAAUUUCCCUGCGGUUUUCCACCUCACUUACUGGAAGUAAAAAAAUGUUAAGAAAAGAACAUUCGUAAUGACAUUCAUUAUUUGAAGUUACCAGAAUUAAGUAUAGAAACAUUGAGAUUACCGAUCUAUUAUUUACACCGUACCUACCAUUCUAAGUUAAUUGAAAGUACAUUUUUGAAUUUCUAAUGCAUUUGUGUGAAACCGCUAGAUAUAGUCGAACCUCCCAUAAGCGACCACCCAAAAUGCAAAGACUGAGUGGUCGCUUAGGGAAGGUGGUCUUUUACAAGAAUCGAACCACAGGGCGCCUUUUCCCAGAAGAGGUUCAGGUACAGCUACUUUGUGGAAGUUAUUGCAUGCAAUUUCUUAGUUACGACAUGUGUAGUUCCAUGUUGUCACUAAAGUUCUUCGUAUAUUCUUAGUAGCAUAGUCCACACAACGAACAUAGAGAUCAGAGAAUGCGUCAAGUGGUCGCUUACAAGAGGCUAAGAACAAUGGAAAAUCAUUAACCGUCAGGUCCCAAAAAGUGGUCGCGGUCGCUUACAUGAGGUGGUCGGUUACUAGACGUUGCAACUGUAAGGCUUUGACUGGGAAAAUUUUGGUGCUUUGGAUUGGCGGUCGUUGAUGGGAGCUGGUCGCACAUGGAGGUUCGACUGUAUACUAAUUUUCCUAAGCAUAAUGUACAACUUAAACAGAUUUAUUGCUUCCUAAAAGUUUAAAUUGUACAUAACCAAUAACUGUGUAAAAAUCAGUGGAAGUAAAAGUUGGCCGGAU